UAAAAUCGCAAAACCUCUCACCCGGUUACUUGAAAAAGAUGCGGUUUUUAUAUUCUCUGAUGAAUGUCACCAUGCUUUCCAAGCACUUAAAACACAACUGAUCAAUGCACCUGUGCUUGUGGCCCCAGAUUGGAGCUUACCCUUUGAACUCAUGUGUGACGCUAGUGACUUAGUAGUGGGGGCCAUCCUUGGUCAAAGGAAGGACAAGAACUUCCACCCAAUCUACUACGCUAGCAAAACUCUGUCAGGGCCACAACUCAACUACACCACCACUGAAAAAGAAUUCCUUGCUAUUGUUUGUGCUUUAGAGAAGUUUAGGACUUACAUCAUUCUUUCGAAGGUUAUUAUCUAUACCGACCAUUCGGCCAUUAGAUAUCUCCUCCAAAAGCAUGAUGCUAAGCCUAGACUGUUACGCUGGGUUCUUUUGUUGCAGGAAUUUGAUAUUGAAAUCAGGGACCGAAAAGGGUCUGCUAAUCAGGCAGCUGAUCACCUCUCGAGGUUAGAUGCCGAGUUAGCAGAAACUUUCGGAAAAUGCGAAAUUGAGGAGCUUUUUCCUGCUGAGAGAUUGAUGGCGAUUUCCGCCAAGGAGCAAACACCGUGGUAUGCCGACAUUGCCAACUACCUUGUUGGUAAAGUCGAGCCUACCGAACUGACAAGGCACAUGAAAAGGCGGUUCCUAUCAGAAGCAAAGCACUAUUUUUGGGAUGAUCCAUAUCUAUUCCGAAUUUGUGCUGACCAGGUGGUGAGAAGAUGUGUUACUGAAGCUGAGGCAAAGGACAUUCUGGAGCAUUGUCACAGCGGUCCUACUGGGGGCCACUUCUCAGGGAAUAGAACCGCAAGGCGGGUUUUGGACUGUGGGUACUUCUGGCCCACGAUUUUUAAAGAUGCUAAUGUAUUUGUUUCUUCUUGUGAUAACUGUCAACGAAUCGGGAACAUUUCUGGGCGCAAUGAGAUGCCCCAACACUUUAUCUUACCUUGUGAGGUAUUUGAUGUUUGGGGCAUCGACUUUGUUGGACCUUUCCCAAGCUCAAGAGGAAACAAAUACAUUCUUGUGGCCAUUGAUUAUGUUUCUAAAUGGGUUGAAGCCCAGGCCUGUGUCACCAACGACUCUCGAGUAGUCGUGAAUUUUCUGAAAAAGCUCUUUACCAGAUUUGGUGUGCCUAGGGUUUUGAUCAGCGAUAGAGGGACUCAUUUCCACAAUGACCCAAUGGCUAGAAUUUUGGCCAAAUAUGGAGUCCAACAUCGAAGCGGAGUAGCGUACCACCCCCAGACUCAAGGACAAGUGGAGAACGCUAACAGGGAUUUGAAGUCCAUUCUGGAGAAAACUGUUGCCCAGACCAGGAAAGACUGGUCGACUAAACUUGACGACGCUCUUUGGGCAUUUCGGACUGCUUACAAAACCCCGAUCGGAACCACACCUUUUCGCCUUGUAUACGGGAAGUCUUGCCACUUACCCGUCGAACUCGAGCAUAAAGCACUUUGGGCGAUGAAAAAUGUCUGUUUUAAACUGGAUACUGCAGGGAAGGAACGAUUUUACCAGCUGAAUGAACUGGAAGAAUGGAGAGCGCAAGCUUUUCAUAAUUCCAAACUUUACAAGGAACGAGCCAAACUCUACCAUGAUCAACACAUCAAAGCUCGUGAUUUCAAUGCUGGAGAUAAAGUGCUGUUGUUCAACUCCCGGUUGAAGCUUUUUCCAGGAAAGCUUAAAUCAAGAUGGUCCGGACCAUUCAAGGUCAUAAAAGCUUACCCCUACGGAACUGUUGAGAUUGAAGAUGCUAAUGGGGCUCCCUUUAAAGUCAACGGCCACCAACUUAAACUUUACCAUGGCGGCCCGAUUGAAAAAAGCAAGGAGAUUCUCUAUCUCCAAAAAUUUUGAACCAAGGGAGGACAUUCGUCAAGCUAGUGACGUUAAAGAAGCGCUCAUUGGGAGGCAACCCACCCAAAAAAAAAAAAAAAAAAAAAAAAAGAAAAAAAAAAAAAAAAACUAACCCAAAAAUAUUUUACUUUGUUUAUUUCUUGCAGAUGUCUGGAGGAAGACGUGACGAUCCCAUUUUCGAGGAGCCACCACUAGGACGGGAAGACCCGCCACCUCAGCCUGAUAUCCCAUUUGCUACUAUUGCUGAUCGCAGACGCUUCCAGGCAUGGGGGCAAUACCGCACACUCCUUCCUCCCAUGAUCCUGGACCCGACGAUGCUAGAGGAAUGGGGGUACUGGGAUGACAUUGAUGCCCUGCUAGGAGACUCUUUAUGGCGGAGGAUUCUAUUCGUUCAGGAGAGGGCCAGCCUUCCAUUGACGAUGGAGUUUCUGUGCUCCGUUCAGUUCACUCAUUACGGACAGGCUGUGCAGGAGGGUGCUGUUAUUGGGUCAGAGUCUCGGAUGAGGUUUACUAUUCUAGGCAUGGAGCACUCCAUCACUGUGGCUGAGCUCGGAUGGAGGAUGGGGCUCUAUACCCCAGCAUACACACAGACUGAGGAGUUCCGUGCUCUUCCGACCCGCUUACCCGAGGCAUUUGACAUUGAUGAGUUCUGGCACAGACACUCCACAGACACCAGAUCAUUUCUCCGGAUGCACCCCCAUUCGAACAAAUGGAGGGAGACUCACUGGUACAUACUCUCGUUCGUACUUUCUUGUGGUUUUUUUGGACGACCUAACAACACAAACAGGUUGUCCAAAAAGGACAUACUAUUCUUUUGGAGUUUGAUUCACCGCAUCCCGGUGAAUAUGGCUGUCCUUAUGGCUCGUUUCUUCCGGAGCCAGGGGAAGACUGUGCGGCGCACUAUCCAGGCAGGGCCUUUCAUCACUACCCUCGUUAGAUCAUUCUACCCAGAUCUAGACAUUCCAGGGCUAUCACAUUUACAGGAGAGCAUCCGCGUUCUUCGAUCCUCAUCCUUUACCAACAUGAGGAUCAAGAAGAAGCGGAAUACUCAGGAGCUCCCAGGUAUUGAGCAGCCGACCCAGCAGAGUAGUUCUUCUCGACCCUCAGGACAUGAGGGAUCUAGCAAGCCCUUUUCAUACAUGCCUAGCGCCACAGAUUGGAGAGCGAUGAUGGAUGGGAUGAGGAGUCUACAGACCUCAGUCUCAGAGAUGCGGGUUGCACAGGACAGAGGGUUCCAGGAGAUGCGAGAUGCGCAUGAGACGGCCCUGGGAGAGUUCAGAGACUUUCGAUUAGCUCAGGAGAGAGCCACCCAGGAUAUGCAGGCGGAGCUAGAGACCCAGAGGCUAGAUAUUGAUGAGAUGAGAGAUUGGCUUAGGCCACACUAUGGCCCCCAGGAUGGCGCAGGCGAUGUUUAGAUUUGCUUCUUCCUUAACAUUUUUAUCAUGUUUGUUUGUUCUUCAGGUUGGACAUUGCGCUGCUCUUUUGACUUGAAUGCUCUUACAAACUGACUAUGGAUGAUGUAAGGAUUUUUAAAACCAUUUUUUCUCCUGUUUCAUUAUUCCUCUUCACAAAAUCUUUGCAAAACUCAAGUGUGAGGAAAGAACCAAAAAAAAAAAAAAAAAAAAAAUAUAUUAUGUGCCUUUAUUUCCCAAUUUUGUGCCUCAAGAGAAGACCUCGAGGGCGAGGUCCAGCUCAAGUGUGAGGAGGUUGCGUUUUACACUCAAAAGUCAAAACCUUGUUUUAGAACAAUCUUUUUACUAUUUUUGAUAUGAAACAUUAAUUUCUCAAUUUGUUAUCAAUUCACAAAAUAGUUUAGAAAAUCACCCUUAUUAUAAGAAUUUACUAUUAUUAUUAUUUUUGAAAACUUAAAAUUGUUAUGGGUUUUUGGUUGCGAAUGUAAAGGUCUGAAUUUGUUUUAAUUGGACAUUCAUUUUAUUCAUUAAAAAAAUGUUACUAUUAAUAAACCUCUUCAAAACUCAUUGUUAUAGGACAAUUCCAUCUCCGAAAAGGGGCUCUGUUUCAUUCGCUAAUCACAGUCUGUGAGAAUGAAAUAUGCAUUUACCAUGGGAUAACACCGCCAACAAGAGUGAAAAAAAAAAAAAAAAAAAAAAAAAAAAAAAAAGAAUGGUGAACAAGAUGAAUGUCCAAAUUAGAAUAAUGAAAAUCUUGGGAUAAGGAAUUGAUUGGUGGUUUAACAUAAUAAAUAGUUUUUCGUAAGUAAUACUAAUUUUAAACUCUUGUAUUUUGGGUGAUUUUUCUAAAAUGUUUAAAGAUUGAGAAUAAAAAGAAGAGGUUUUUGUUUCUACUUCUUUAAUAGCAAUUCGAUUGUGAUAUAGUCAGGUUUUCCCUUUUUGAGUGUGUUUCCAACUAAUUCGUCGCUUGAGGACAAGCAACGCUUAAGUGUGAGGAGAUUGAUAAGUCCAUUUUUGUACUUAUUUUUCUUAUCAAAUUUAAGCGAUUUUUGAUUGAAAAUAGAAAGAAAAGGCAUGUUUUAGAUAUUUUGGUUCAAAUUUUAUGAAAUCAGGUGAAAACCACAUUCAUCGUAUGUUUGUCGGAAUUUCGGGUCAAUUGAGCACAAAAUGAGCCAAUUCGAGCAACAAAUGAUAUCAUACCGAAAGAAGGAGGCAUUUUAUCAAGGUGAUUCAGAAGACAAAAAUGAAGAGCAGGAAAAGCCGCAUCUGCCAGACAAAAGUGGCAGAAGGCGCCCAAAUAGGCGCCCAAAAUGGAGGCCUUCGCGGCCGCCUACGGGAAAAAUCAGAAGUCAACCUCGCUUUGACUCGAGACCAGAAAAAGACCGAAGGCUGCCGACACUGGGCAGAAGGCGGCCGCCUACGGUGGCCGCCUGCGGCACAAGGGGACAAAACCAACCACCGGUCGGCCAGACAGGACGGCAGGCGGCCAGACAGGACGGCAGGCGGCCGCCUGUUGGACCGCCUGCGGCGGCCGGGAUCCGCCGGGAUCCGAUCUGCCAACGAAAAGACGGCAGGCGGCCAUUUGUGACGGAAGGCGGCCGCCCUCUGUGGCCGCCUACGGCUGACGAGACCGGCCACGAUCCGCUGUCGGCGAUGGGACGGAAGGCGGCCAAAAUGAGACCAAAGGCGGCCGCCUGGUUGGCCGCCUACGGAAGGCGGCCAGAUUCCGACGGAAGGCGGCCGCCGUCUUGGGCGCCUUCGGUGAAAUUUCUGCUAUAAAUAGCAGGCUUUUUCCCCAUCUCAAACACACCAAUUUCAAGCCCAAAUCAGAUCAAAAAGGGCGUCUUCUUCCUCCUCAAAGCUCGGAUUUCCACCAUUGUUGCACCUUCAACUUCAAUCUUUCAUAUCUUUCUCAUUUUAGCUCCAAAUUGUGAGUUCUUUAUAUGUAUUUUCAUCCUUUCAAUGAGUAGAAUCUGAAUCUGUACUUAGUUUUUUUUAUCUGUGCUUCUAAAAUUUCCAGAAAAUUAUUCAACUAUUUCGCAUUUUCGUCUUAAAUUUGAAUAAAAUAGUUGUUGACAUUAAAUCCAUUCCAAUUAAUUAUAUAGUUGUUUACUAGCCUCAAGGUAGUUAUUUAUCAAAACAAAGUUAAUUUUUAUGAAGUAGAAGUAAAUUUUAAUUAAUUCCGGCAUUUAGUUGUUAUUAUUGCAUAAAUUAAAUUAAAUACUCAAAAAAGGAAAAAAAUUAGUUUCUGUCCUAAUUCCAGUUAAAUUCACAGUAAUAUCACUCCGAGUAUUCAAUAUAAAAUUUAGAACGAAUUUAGAAUAUUUGUAGUUGCUUUUUGUAUUUUCUAGUUAAUAUUGGGAAAAUUAUCAAUUAGUUGUUAAAAUUGGAUUUUAGGUUAUAAAAUUCGGGAAAAAUUCCAGAAGGUGAUAUUUUAGUUCUACAUGUUUAUUUUGGAAGAAUGUUAUUUUUGUUUAAUUUUUGCUAUUAUACAUGCUUAAUUCCUUGUUAAUGUUGAAUUUAUUCAUUGUAUUGUUAAAUGAAAAAAUGAUGUUUAUUAGCUAAUUGGUUUUGGGCAUGAAUUGACUAAAGGAAUAUGGAUUGACUUGUUGACCGAAAAUUAGGGAUUAAAAUUAAUAAUUUGGACUAGUUGUUUGAAAUGAUGAAAUAGUAAUUAAUAAUUGUUAGCCAUAUUCAUUAAUUAAAUUCUCGGAAAAUUAUUUCUAACUUGUCUAUGAGAUUAGAAAAUAAUUUAAGCCAACCAUAUUCAAGCACAUUAAUAAGGCCUAGAAAUAGGAUAAUUUAAUGAAAGGGAUUUACAUCUUGUCUAUGAGAGAUAAAUUCAAUUGCUUAAAUAAUGAGUUUAACUAGUUAAUGAAUUCGGCUAUUUUUAUUAAUUAAAAUAUUGGAGAAUUAUUUCUACCUGGUCUAUGAGGUUAGAAUUUAAUUCAAGCCAACCAUUUUUGAACACAUUAAUGACACCUAGAAAUAGGAUAAAUUAAUGAAAAUAGUUUCUAUUCUUGUCUAUGAGGAAAGAAAUUAUUAGUCCAAUUUUAGUUUUAAUUUCCCUAAUUACUAGGUCCAAGAAUAUAUCCAUUUCUAAUUACUCAAUUCAUUGCCCUUAUUUGCACCAAUCCAUUUAAGUUUAAUAUUAUAUUUUUUCCUUUAGUCUAUUUUUGAGCCAUCAUUAGUAUUUGCACAAUUUAAUUUACUUUCUUUUCCAAAAAGUAGUUUAGAAAAUCAAUCAAAAGUUUUAAUUUGGAAAGCUUCCAAUAAUUUGCGAUAACCUGUGACUGGACUUGAAAUCAAGAAGCUCCUCCGCCAUUCCUCGAGAGACACG